AUGGCCGUCAAAGAGGUAAUCCAAGACGGCACAAUGCGCUCCGAUUCUAUCGAGAAGCAAGACAUCGAGCGCAUUGAGCGCGUGCCUGAUUCCUCCCCUGACGCAACUGAAGUGCUCGAGAAUGCAGAGGGUGAGACUGCGAAAGUCACAAUGAAAACCUGGAGUGUGAUAUUUGUCUUGUCCGCUACAUUUGGUUUAUCAUUUUGGCCAGUCCCAACCACAGCGGCUCUCCAAACCAAACUUUCCAUAGCGUUCAACGACCCCGUCAGUGCAUUUUGGUACAUACCGGCUUAUACCUCAAGCAACGCAAUUGGGUUUCUCAUCGCUGGCGCGAACUCCGAUCUCUUUGGGCGCCGGCUAUUUCUGCUGUUUGGAAAUGCAUGCUGUUGUGUAGGAUUCAUCGUUACCGCCACAUCCAACAAUGCAACGCAGUUCACUGCCGGAUUAGCCAUAACUGGGUUUGGUGGAGGAUUCUGCCAAAUGGCAAUGUGUUCGAUCCCAGAGCUGCUUCCCAACAAGUAUCGUCAUAUUGGCAUCUGCCUGAGUGACGGUUUUGUCUUUGUUAUUGUUAUCAUUGGACCUAUUGUUGGAAGAUAUGCCAUUGACAGUGGCGGUCAUAAAUUCAUCUAUUGGGGUGGAUUCAUCGCCCAAUUCUUUUCUCUCGCAGCUAUCUUCGCCUUUUACAAGCCGCCGAAGCAUCCUAAGGGAGUCCCGUGGAAGGAGGCUAUCAGGGGGCUCGACUAUGUAGGAUCGGCUCUGAUUAUACCAGGCAUCUGCUUAGCAUUGGUUGGAAUUAUCAACACGACCUACAAACGAAGCUCCGAUGUCACUGUCGUUGCGCCUAUGGUAGUAGGAUUUGUUCUCAUUGCCGCUUUCGGAGUCUGGGAGACUGUUUCCAACGUCCCUUAUAAGCUUUGUCCGCCUCAUCUUUUCAGAGUCAAUAAGGGCAGAUCGUUCACGGCACCGUUCAUCGUGGCCUUCAUCGUAACGAUGUUCUAUUAUUCAGUCAAUAUCAUUUGGCCAACGAUGGUCAACGUCUUCUACUUGACGCCAACUACCCCUAGAAAGAUGGAACUUCUCUUGACAUUACCGCCGAAUGUUGGGCUCGUCUUUGGUGCUAUCUUGUUGAGUUUGUUCGGCCAUGUGAUAAAGCACUGGUACUGGACUCUUGCCGGCGCUUGGUUUGGUAUGACACUAUUCGGGGCACUCAUGGCAUUAGUGACGCCUUUCAACCAAACCCUCAUGAUCGUUUUCUGCUGCAUCAAUGCGACCUUCUUUGGCUGGGCGCAAUACGAGUCUGUCGCUUUCACGCAGUUGGGAGUACCACAACAAGACCUUGGAUUCUCGGGAGGACUCGCAGGCAUGGCUCGAUACGCUGGCGGUUCGCUCGCACAGGCGAUCUACAUGACCAUCCUGGCGAACACGCAAACAUCCCGCGCUGCACAAACAGUACCUCAAGCUGCAGUAGAAGCAGGAAUGACGCAGGAAAACGCACAGGCUCUCCUCGCAGCAUUCCCCCUCGGCGCACAGGCGAUAGCGAAGGUUCCCGGCAUCACUCAGGAGGCAUUGGCGGCGACUUCUUUGGCAUUCCAGUGGAGCUAUGCGCAUGGGUUGAAGGUGGUGGCGCUGAGCUCGCUUUCCUUUGGUAUACUUGGUUUGAUCUGCUGCUUCCUCUGCGAGGAUCUUACGCCGAAGAUGACUUCUAAGAUUGAAGUCUUCCUGGAGAACGACGUAUACGCGGAGAAGAAUGAGUUCCACUAG